AUGGCCAGCAGUCCCCUCCCUACCAUGCCUCGCCGGGCAUCCUCCUCCAACUCUUCCACGUCUAGGAAGGGUCUCCCCAGCCUGUCCCGACAGUCGAGUGCCAACAGCUCACCCUCAAAGCCCUUGGAAGGCAUUCCUCGGAGGGCGUCUUACCACUCGCCACGGCCCUCUAUAUCGGGGAUGCCUUCAGAGAGUGGUUCCUUGGGCCUCAAGCUGCACGGCAGUCCGACACCGGGCAAGACGAGCCCGCCCAAGAGCAAUGGCGAGUCGUCGGUCCCCACCAUCAGCUUUGAUCCCAACUUUACUCCUUCACCACGCUCUUCUCCAGCCCGCAGCCCUCUGUCCCCUCCUGCUGCGUCGUCUCGGCCCAUGGCUAGACGAAACUCAUCUGGGCACGUUCGGGGCUCUGCGUCCGCAUCCAUUCCCUUUCCUUCCUCUGCCUCAACUUCAGAGCUCCCGGCACCUCCAAUAGCAUCCCCAUCCUGGCGCCCGAGUACAAUUCGCAAAAAGUCGGGCGAGCUCGUCAAGCCGUCGCUCAAACUCCGGUCAAUGUCUACACCCGACCUCACGCGGCAGGCCGAACCGGAAAGCCCUGGCCCUCAUGGAUUCGGGGAAGAGCGCUCAAAGAGUGUCAGGUUUGCCGACUCGAGCGAGGGAGAUUCGAGCGCUUUGGAGAAUGUCGUGUUGUUCUUGAGGGAACAAAAGGUGACUGCCGUCAGAAAGGCCAUCGACCCCGACGCGCACAUGACAGAGACCGAGACGGAGGGGGAGACGGAUGCUUCGGAUUUUGUCCAGUUCCGCACGCGCAAGAAUGCGGCUGCAAAGGCAGCCGACGAGGCCAACCAGAUCCAGCUCCAUGGGGCGAGUCGAAUACCGCGAAAGAGGACAGAUUUCUCGCCGGAUGCUAGAGGCAGUUUGACGGGUGAAAAUGUCAUCUUGGAGAGAAUCGAACUGCAGACUGCGAAUGGGCUGUCGUUGAGAGGAUCAGUCAUUGUGAGAAACUUGGCCUUUUCCAAGUGGGUCGCUGUGAGGUUCACUAUGGACCACUGGCAGACCGUGUCAGAAGUGUCUGGAACACAUGUCUGUCAUAUCCCUUCAGGAACUACGGGCGACGAAGGCUGGGACAGGUUCAGUUUUGCCAUUCGUCUGGAAGACUACAAGCGCAAGAUUGACGAGCGUCAGCUUGUCAUGUGUGUGCACUAUUCCGUCGAGGGCAAAGACUGGUGGGACUCGAAUAAUGGCAUUAACUACAACUUUACGUUUAAGAAGUCUGCUUCCAGACGUGCAAGCCGUACGUCUGGUCCAGCCGCUUUGGGCGGUAGCUUCAUGCGGCUCAACGAGCCUUCCACCUCUCUUCCGGGUCUUCGCAAGAACACCGCUACGCAGCCCUCCCUUGGCAUCAAAAAGGUCUUUGGGAGCAGGCCUCCUUCUGGCCUCAACGACUGGGUCUUCCCCAAGUUGUCGCAGCGUGUGCAAGAACCCUCGACUCGCCCCGACUCUCCCCUCCAGAGCCCCCCUCCGAAAGCAUACAAAGCCCCCGCUCCGCCUACCGUCCACACCCACCUCUCGCUCUCCAAAUACUGCGCCCCUUCCCCACCUCUCUCGCCCCCGACUGAGACGUUCCCAGCACACUCGGCAGUGGUACAAGAGGUUUCCAGGCGUGGAAGUAUGGGAGUCAUGAGUGGUGGGUAUGCCACGUUGGAGCCUCCUGUGCAUGAGAGAAGGAGUAGUUGGAAUGGGCAGGAGAGUAGCAAAACGUAUGAGGAGCCGCGCGAGAGCGGGGAUAAGACGCCGGUGGCCAUGCAAUCGCCCGCUGUUGAGGUGCAAAAGGAGUCGCCAGCGUCCCCCCACAAACCCUUGUCGGCCAAGCGGUCGGUGGGCGACCUUCGCUCGCUUGUACAAGAAGCAGAAAGCGAUAACGGCCUUAUGACGCCGCCUUCGUCCAACCUGUCUUCCCCGCCUACGCCGAGGUCGGACUUGCCGCCAGAGCUGACGUCUUCUUCAACGGGAGAUUCGUCGCCGAUGAAUACUUCGACCGAAUCUACACCGGACGUGGAAAGCAUGGCCAUUGAUAUUGGGCCUGGAGCGGAGCCAAGUCAUCCCAAGGAUCACAAGGUGUUCUCCACGGGCAGCUACCAGGAAUUCCUUGACAAGUUCUGCUUCUUCCAGUCCCCGCGCGCCACACCCAGUGAACUCGCUCCCAACAACCGUCCCUCCUACAUUCCCCUCAGCGGAAAUCAAUCUCCCAACGGUUUCCCCUUCUUCCACCCGAACGCCUCUCAGUCGCCGCGUACCACGCCCACGCCCACGGCGCAUUACGCUACGGCUCAGGAGGCGUUCGGCUUUAAGCCUGCGUCCCAGGACUCGACACCGACCAAGCGCGAUGGCUUCAGACCCAUGGCCCAUCCCCAGCCGGUGGACGCUACAUUGCUCACUGGCUACCAUGCCAACCCUGCUGAUACUAUGGCUUGGGCGCAGAUACACGGCAACAACUCGUCGCCUUCUUUGGCUGCUGCCAUUUAG